UCCCUUUUUUUUGUGUGUGUGCCCGGUUCUUUUGAGUGAUUCAAAGCAGCGACUUUGUUCUUGCCAAGUGUGACACCCACAGUUUCCGUUUGACAAAUCAUUUUGUUGUGCUUCAUGUCAUGUAGUGGGUUCAUUUCUCAACAUGGCGAGCCGCAAACGAGGUGUAGUGACAGCGAGCCACGGAGAUAGUUCCCCAACGCCGGGGAAGAGAGCGUCAGUGUAUCGGACGCAAAACUCGGACGUUUCCCAGUGGGGAAUAGAAGAAACGUGCCACUACCUGCGAGGAGAAGGUCUUGGAGAGCAUGAAACUGCAUUUACAGAUCAUAAAAUCACCGGUGCCGUGCUGCACUAUCUCAAGAAGGAUGAUCUGGAGAAGAUGGGCAUUAAGCCUGUUGGUGAACAACUUCGGAUUCUACACAGUCUGAGCAAGCUAGGGCACAUAGAAGAGGGUCCUCAAACAAAUAAGGUGUUUAAUGAUCCCAUUCACGGACACGUGGAGCUACAUCCUCUUCUUGUCAAGAUCAUCGACACGCCUCAGUUCCAAAGACUCCGAAAUAUCAAACAAUUGGGAGGGACGUACUUUGUUUUCCCCGGAGCGUCCCACAACCGCUUUGAGCACUCCAUCGGAGUGGGUUUCUUAGCAGGGCAACUUGUGAAAGCACUAAACGAGAAGCAGCCAGAACUUCUCAUUUCUCGGCGAGACAUCCUUUGUGUGCAGAUUGCUGGGCUCUGUCACGAUCUGGGGCAUGGUCCAUUUUCGCACAUGUUUGAUGCCAAAUUCAUCCCCAAAGCACGCCCGGAUAUUUCCUGGAAGCAUGAGGAGGCAUCGCUUAAAAUGUUUGAUCACCUGGUGGAGAAAAAUGACCUGAAGCCACAGAUGGAACAACAUGGCCUGGUCCUGCCUGAGGACCUGGACUUCAUCAAGGAGCUGAUUGCAGGACCUCUGGACACAAAUGUAGACCUCCAGUCUUCUCAGUGGCCCUAUCGAGGCCGUUCCAAGGACAAGUCUUUUCUCUAUGAAAUUGUGGCUAACAAGAGAAACGGCAUUGACAUGGACAAAUGGGACUACUUUGCCAGGGAUUGCCAUAACCUGGGCAUCCAGAACAACUCGGAUUAUCGUCGCUACCUCAAAUUUGCCAGAGUGUGUGAAGUGGAUGGGGAGAAGCUCAUCUGCACUCGAGAUAAGGAAGUGGGCAAUCUGUAUGAUCUGUUCUAUACGCGUAUCUGUCUCCACAAGAGAGCUUACCAACACAGGGUGUGCACCGUUAUAGAAAUCAUGAUCAACGAGGCCUUUUUGAAGGCCGAUAAACACUUUCAGGUCCAAGGCUCAGGAGGCACGAUGUUCACGCUGUCCACAGCCAUAGAUGACAUGGAGGCCUACACCAAGCUGACAGAUAGUGUGUUUGAACAAAUUCUCCACUCAUCAAACCCGAAGCUGGCUGAGGCACGGCAAAUUCUACAGAACAUUCUUCAACGGCGCCUCUACAAGCAUUUGGGUCAAACCCAAGCUAAGGAACCCCUGAAAGUCACUCAGGAUAUCAUUACUAAAUGGGAGGCGGAGUUGGCUGAGUCAGUCCCUCAGGUGGGCGAGCUGAAUGUCCCUCUGCAGCCUGCAGACUUUGUCGUGAGCGUCAUCCAAAUGGACUACGGGAUGAAGCAGGAGAACCCCAUUGACAGUAUGCGUUUUUAUUGCAAGACUGACCCCACCAAAGCCAUUCCCAUACGCAAGCAUCAGGUGUCCAAACUUUUGCCCGAAAACUUUGCAGAGCAACUGAUCCGAGUUUACUACAAGAAGACGGAUGGCCUGGGCACAGCACAAAAGCACUUUAUUCAGUGGUGCAUUAACAAAGACUUCAUAAAGCCUCAGGAUGGGGAUGUAAUUGCACCCGAACUGACUCCCUUGAAAACAAGUUGGUCGGACGGAAAAGAAGAUGACAAUUUGGACUGUUUGAACCAAAAAGCAGUCAAGUUUCUUUUUAAGGAUAAGGUCUAGUACUGUAACUUUAAGGGAAUGGUCAGUUUAAUGGGAUGAAGCUAAGUCAGAAUUAAACAAUUAGGUUGCCACAGCAAAAAUAUUUUUAGGCCGGGUUUUACUCAAAUUGGACCCUUUGGUUACAGCUUUAUUUUAUCUGUAUUCUUUUAACAAGGGUAUUAUUAUGUUUUAUAUUUUAUUUGUGGCAUAAGAAAAAUCAUACAGUAAAAAAUAAAAACCACAAGACGUUUAGCUUUUCAAUAAACAAAAAAUAGGAAAUUCAAUUUCCCAUUCAUUGCAGAGCCUCUUCAUGGAGUACAAAUACAAUCAUGAUUGUUAAGGGUCUCCCAAUAUUAGCCAGUUGCUGUUUGUGUGUUUUGCAUGCAUCUACCUUUUAUUUGACAGUUUGAGUGCAAUUGUUUUAUCGGAAAUGUUUGGGGAGGGUUUUUGUUCCUUCUGCAAUAUCAGUUCUUAUUUGUCUGUGCAUGUGAAUUUAACAUAUUUAUAUACCCCAUAAAUAUUCUCUCGUGAUCCCGGGUUAAAAAAAAAAAAAAAGAUCAUUCAAAGAGUGUGGUACUGAGUGAUGGCAGGUAUAAGCAGUUUGGAAAUAAAACAUUUCAAUUCAAGCGUG